UCAGCGGAAAUUCUAGAACUGGCUGGGAAUGCUGCAAGGGACAACAAGAAGGCCCGGAUAGCUCCGAGACACAUCCUGCUGGCAGUGGCCAAUGACGAGGAGCUCAAUCAGCUGCUAAAAGGAGUGACCAUCGCCAGUGGAGGUGUCCUGCCCAGAAUUCAUCCCGAACUGCUGGCCAAAAAGCGAGGGACCAAAGGCAAGUCAGAAACUAUCCUCUCCCCUCCCCCAGAGAAAAGGGGAAGGAAGGCGGCGUCAGGCAAGAAGGGAGGCAAGAAAUCCAAGGCUGCCAAGCCACGGACGUCCAAAAAGUCCAAACCAAAGGACAGCGACAAAGAAGGAACUUCAAAUUCCACCUCUGAAGAUGGGCCAGGGGAUGGAUUCACCAUUCUGUCUUCUAAGAGCCUUGUUCUAGGGCAGAAGCUGUCCCUGACUCAGAGUGACAUCAGCCAUAUUGGCUCCAUGAGAGUGGAGGGUAUUGUCCACCCAACCACAGCCGAAAUUGACCUCAAGGAAGAUAUAGGUAAGGUCCUGAGACUUGGGUAGAGGUGCCAGAGAAUCACCCACUGCUUGGGCAAGUCCUUCUGACGUGGGUCAUUGUCGACCAAAUACCCUCUGCUGGGGG